AUGGCGCAGCAGGGAAAUCAGCUGGACCGACAGAAAUUCUGCUGUUCGAUCUGUUUGGAUCUCCUGAAGGAUCCGGUGACUAUUCCCUGUGGACACAGCUACUGCAUGAACUGUAUUAAAGGCCACUUUGAUGUGGAGGAUCAGAAGGGAGUUCACAGCUGCCCUCAAUGCAGGAAAAGCUUCAUACCGAGGCCUGUCCUGGUAAGAAACACCAUGUUAGCAGAAUUAUCAGAAGACCUGAAGAAGACUGGACUCAAAGAUGCUCCUGCUGAUCACUGCUAUGCUGGACUUGAAGAUGUGGCCUGUGAUUUCUGCUCUGGGAGAAAACUGAGAGCCAUCAAGUCCUGUUUGAGAGAGCUGGAGGGGAGGCGGCAACAAAUCCAGCAGAGAAUCCAGGACAAAAAGAGAGAAGUGGAUCUGCUCCAGAAGGAGGUGGAGGCCAUCGAUCAGUCUGCUGACAAAACAGUGGAGGACAGUGAGAAGACGUUCGCUGAGCUGAUCCGUCUCAUCCAGAACAGACGCUCUGAUGUGGAGCAGCAGGUCAGAUCCCAGCAGCAAACUGCAAGAGAGCUGGAGGGGAGGCGGCAACAAAUCCAGCAGAGGAUCCAGGACAAACAGCAAGAUGUGGAUCUGCUCCAGCAGGAGGUGGAGGCCAUCGAUCAGUCUGCUGACAAAACAGUGAAGGACAGUGAGAAGAUGUUCACUGAGCUGAUCCGUCUCAUCCAGAACAGACGCUCUGAUGUGGAGCAGCAGGUCAGAUCCCAGCAGCAAACUGCAGUGAGGGGAGUCAAAGAGCUUCAGCAGAAGCUGGAGCAGGAGAUCACUGAGCUGCAGAGGAAAGACACUGAGCUGCAGCAGCUCUCACACACAGAGGACCACAUCCAGGAUUAU